AUGCCAAAUGAGCACCAAACGAGGUGGCACAGGGUAGCAAGAUAUACUCAAUCCAAAGAAAUGCUGAGGGAACCUUCGAGGCCAAAUACAGCAAAAGCGCAUAGAUCUACUAGGGAUGAGCUACGGAAGGUGUUUAGUCUUAUGAACGACACUGUAAGCAGAAAACUACUCCACACCGCAACUGGAUAUCCAUCAGAAUAUAGAGCUCGGACGCAGAUAGUGUGGGAGGGAUGCAGACUCAGUUUCGCAUGUCCAGGUGGAAAUAUCAUCACCAAAAGGGAAAAUUUCAUGUUACCAAUCCAUAGAGAGAACAAUUUGCAAUCGAAAAGGACAUCCAUCAUAAUGAAGACGACAUUAAACCUGAUAUCUACGAGGAGGCCGAGAUCAAAGACGAGGCAGCUAACAUGGAAUAAAGCUAACCAUAAACGAAUUAAGGUGUUUUACUAUGGGAGCAAGAGCCCACAAGGGCUUAUAAAUUUAUUACAAUGCAAUUCUGAAGCAGGGGUUCAAGGAGAGGCUCGGAUGGUUCACAACUUCAAGGACGUCAAUUUCGUCUACCCAGUUACAAUGUCCAAACUGUGGGCAACAACUCAUUGGGAGAAGACAGUGAUCCAGGUGGUGACCCCUCUGACAUCAGGUAAGGAGUUCAUGGAAACAAUCAUACUAACUAAGGGGCUGGCUGACAUAGGGACGAUAGCUACAAACGUGUCACGCACACCGAAUUGUAGCGAACAUUGUCACAACAGCAUGGAGAAAAAAGUUGAGAAAGCAAGUACAGUUGCCCAGAUGUAUGGAUUUUGUCAACGUAUUGCUAGUUUCACACCAAACAUCUUAGCACCUCAUGAAACAGUCAUUUUAUUUUUAAGAUUCGCCCAAUUAUGUACAAUUUUGAGGCAAAACGAACAUGUUGCGGUGCGAAAAAAAUACACACAGAUCUACUAG